CUAAACUACGAAACAGAAAACGAGGUCAAUUUUGAUCAGGAUGAAACUCAGCAAAAACAAGAGGAACAGAUAAAAACUUCGUCCUCACCAAAGUUGCCAGCUUUCACGUCAAUAACUAAACAGGCAAUCAAAACUUCUACCUCCAGCAAACCGUCAGAAGAAAGACUAAAUUACGUAGAUGAAAAUGAGCAGACCUUUGAUCAAAAUGAAAGCCGAAAACAAAAUGAGCAAAUAACAUCGCCGUCAAAAGCACCACCAAAACUUCCAACUUCUACUCCCUCAACUGAAAAGUCGAUCGAAAUUUCUACCACCACCACUAGCAAACCAUCAUUUGAAAAACUCGACUUUGAAUCGGAAAAUGAAAUGAACUUUGACCAGGAUGAAACUCAAAAGACAAGUGAGCUAAUAAAAACUUCAAAAUCACCAAUUUUUGCGUCUACAACUAAAAGAUCAAGCAUAAGUCCUUCGACGACGCCUAAGCCGGCAUUUAAAAAUGUCAAUUUUGAGACGGGAAAGCCGUUCAACUUUGAGCAGUAUGAAACUCAAAAACCAGAGGAGCAAAUAAUAAGGACUUCAUCGCCAAAGUUACCAACUUUCUCCUCCACAACUAAAAAAUCAAUCAAAAGUCCUUCGACGACGACGUCUAAGCCGUCCUUUAAACAUGUCCACUUUGAGACGGGAAAGCCGUUCAACUUUGAGCAGUAUGAAACUCAAAAGCCAGAGGAGCAAAUAAGGACUUCAUCGACAAAGGUGCCAAAGUUACCAACUUUAACUUCCACAACUAAAAAACCAAUAACAAAACCUUACACCACUUCUACUAAACCGUCAUUCGAAAAGCUAAACUACAACUCUGAAAACGAGAUUAACUUUGAGGAAAAUAAACAAGAGAAAAAAGAGGAGCAAAUAAUAACAACUUCAUCUUCAAAAGCAACAAAACUGCCGACAACUAAAAAAUCGAGCACAAAAUCGGCUACCUCCAAAAUUGAAAAGCUCAACUACGAGACAGAAAAUGAAAUCAACUUUGAGCAAGAGGAAACUACGAAAAAAGAGAUAAAGUCUACCUCAGCAAAACUUCCGAUUUCCACGACUGAAUUUUCAACACUCAAAACUUCCACUACCCCAAAAUCGGCCUUUGAAAAGCUGGAUUACAACACCGAAAAUGAGAUGACGUUUGAACAGGAUAAAAAUAUUCAAAAACAGGAGCAGAAAACAGAAACUUCAUCCUCAAAAGUUUCACAUUUCACAUCUUCAAAAGUUGAAAAAUUAAGCACAACUUCCACAACUCCCAAGCCGUCACUUGAAAAACUAAAUUACAACACUGAAAAUGAGAUGAACUUUGAGCAGGAUGAGAACACUCAAAAAAAUGAAGAGCAAGUUGAAACUUCAUCCCAUAAACUUCCAAUUUUCACGCCCUCAACUGAAAAACCAAUCCCAAGUACAUCAAGCACAACUAAUCUCUUUGAGAAACUCGACUUUGAAUCUGACCAAGAAUUCGACUUUGAGCAGGAUGAAGCUCAAAAACAGGAGAAACAAAUAGAAACCUCAUCUUCAAAAAUACCAAUUUUUACGCCUUCAACUGAACAACCGUCAAAAGUUUCCACCACUGCAAAACCAGCUUUUAAAAAUAUCAACUUUGUAUCGGAAAAAGAGGACAACUUUAAACGAGAUGAAACACAAAAACAAGAGCAACAAAUAAUUUCCACAACUAAAAAAUCAGUCAAAAAAUCUUCCACCACCACAACUCAACAGUCACUGGAAAAACUCAACUACAACACAGAAAAUGAGAUGACCUUUGAACAGGAUGAAAAUGUUCAAAAACAGGAAAAUCAAAUAAAAACUUCGUCAUCAAAAGCCCCAAAGCUACCAAUUUCAACUGAACAACCACUCUAUCUUUCUCCCACUACCUCAGAAUCGCCAUUUGAAAAGCUCAACUACGAGUCAGAAAAUGAGAUGAACUUUGAGCAGGAUGAGACUCAAAAACAAAUAAGUACUUCGUCAACAACAAAAGCUACAAAACUGCCAACAACGACUAAAAAAUCGGGCACAAAAUCCACCACUACCUCAAAGUCGUCACUCGAAAAACUCGACUACAACACCCAAAAUGAGAUGACCUUUGGCCAGGAAGAAAGUAUUCAGAAGCAAAAGGAGCAAGUUGAAACGUCUUCUCAAAAUAUACCGAAACUUCCCAUUUUCCCUCCGAUAACUGAAAAAUCAAUCACGGAAAGUCCUUCCACCACUACUGCACUCUUCCAAAAGCUCAACUACGAGUCUGAUCAGGAGUUUAAUUUUGCGGAAGAAGGUGGAGAAAAAGGAGGCAAAAGUAAAGUCGAUGAAAACAGCAGCAGCACCAUCAAACAAUCAGAGCUCAAUAAAGUGGACAGCAAAACAACUGACCAAAAGUCCACUGAUAACAUUAUUGAAAAGGCAAAUCAGGCGGAAAAGCAGUCAUCAGUGAAAGGCAAAACAGCUCAAAAUCUUGUUUCAAGAGAGGAAAAGUCCUCAGCUUUUAAGGAAAAAUCCUCCACUUCCAAAGUCAAAACUAUCAAAUCAACAACAACAACUAAGGCUACCGAAUCACCGAAAAAGGAGGCCUUUAAAAAGCUAGACUACCAAUCUGAUGAUAGCUACAACUUUGAAACUGAAACAGCCAAAAAUAAUAACAACAAUCCAGCAGUUGAAAGUCGCAGCAACGUAAACGUCAAAACUGAGGCUUCAACAUCCGCAACUGCUGCCUCUACCAACAAAUCAAAUCGCAAGUCAGCAAAUCAGCAAGUCAACGUCCAGCAGUCCAUCGAGAAUCACUCCGACCUCUUCCACCAGGCAAUUGACGUCACCGAUGAUGGUGCUAAGAAUACGAAGAAGAAGAUGAAAAAGACGAAGAAGGUGGUGGUAGCAAAUAAACUGCCCAGUCAAGCGAAAAGCUACUCGAAUGCGUUCAACAACUUCAAACAACGAGUGCAAACAACGAAAAAAUCAGACUUGGAGGGCGGCAAAAACAUCAGGGCCAACUACGAAUCCGAGGACAGUUUUGACUUUGGCGAGGGGAACUCCAAUUCCCAAAGUAGCAGCAGCAGCAGCAGUGGUAGUAAACAAGAGGCAGAUUAUAGCAGUUCUUUCGGAAAGGAAUCAGCCUCAGCGUCAUCGUCAUCGUUCAGUAGUGAUGAUGGUAGCGAAGUGAUGAAGAAGAAGUCAAAUCUCGAGAAGAUCACCAGAUCGGGCGGCUUUACCACGGAGCAAGUUGUGGUGGUCCCUGUUCAGACGACGGAAGAAGCCCCGACUACCACCGAGGACAGCAAACUGCUGCGAAUUAACGCCGAGAAGGAGUACUCAUAUGAGUUUUAA